UAGGAGAGAGCUAGAGCAGAAGCAGCAUCUGCUCUGUGUAUCCUCUCUGGGAAGAUGAAGCUCCUCCUCCUCCUGAUGCUGACUUUUCUUGUGUCUUUUGAGACUGGAGCUGAUGAGAUCAUUGGGGGUGAAGAAUCAAGGCCCCAUUCCCGUCCUUACAUGGCUUUUCUGAAAAUCAAACAUUAUGGUUCCCUGUACUACUGUGGUGGAUUUCUGAUUCGCCGGGAUUUUGUGAUGACAGCAGCUCAUUGUGGAGGAAAGUCCAUCACAGUCAUCCUUGGAGCACAUAACAUUACAAAGACAGAAGAGACUUGGCAGACCAUUAAUGUUAAGCAUCAAUUUCCUCACCCUGAAUAUGAUCCCAGAAGAAUUCUCAAUGACAUCAUGUUACUAAAGCUGGAAGAGAAAGCCAAACUAACGAUGGCAGUGGGGACUUUCCCCCUGCCCUCAAGAAUCAAUUCUGUCUUACCUGGGAAAGUAUGUCGAGCAACUGGCUGGGGAAAGACAGGAGUAAUGGCCCCAAUAUCAGACACUUUACAGGAGGUGAAAGUGAGACUAAUGAAUCCCAUAAACUGCAAAAACUAUACAUCUUUUGAUGAGAGACUCCAGUUGUGUGUAGGGAAUCCCAAGUCACCUAAAUCACCAUUCAAAGGAGAUUCUGGAGGACCCCUCGUUUGUUCUGGUGUGGCCCAAGGAAUUGUCUCUUAUGGACAACAUGAUGCAACACCACCUUGCAUCUUCACACGAAUUUCACAUUACCGCCCCUGGAUCAAUCAAAUCCUAAAAGCAAAUUAGCUCUGUGGCCCUGUCUCAGCAAAAAGGAAUCUCCAUCCUAGGACCAAGCAUCCUCUCUAUACCCCUCAUACUAAGACAGUUCCCAUGUCUGCCCAGCUUCAUCCCAGAGUCUAAGAUGCAUGGAGGAGAGAAGAGGUUGAAGAAUAUGAAGAGUUACUCUGGGUAUUGAACUGAAGGUUGACUAUGACUGCAAUAAAUCUAAGCAUCCAGGUUUGUGUGCUUGAUUACUCUCUCCCACUGUAGUCCCCUCUCUCCCUGCCCAGAGUAGUCAGCAUAGCAACAAAGGACCUCCUAGAGAAGAGGGAGUCAGUAUUUACAGUUUUGGAGUGGAAGUAAAUGGUCCUCAUUGUUCUUGUUUGGCUUUUUCCAAAUGACUUCUCAUUGCCUUAGAUUUUAACUGGACACCACUAAAAAUGUUGUGUGUAUUUUGAAAAGGAAAAAAAAGGAAGAGAAUACAGUCUUCAUAUAAUAAAUUGUUGACCUUCACUACAAUAUUUAGCAAAAUGCUGGCAUAUAUUAUUUUAAAAAUCAUUUGGGAAUAUUU